AUGACAGUUCUUAAGUAUGCUUUUAAGUUCGAAGAGCUGGUGAAGUUUUAUCCACACUACAAUGGUGCGGCUUAUGAGGGGUCAAAGUGUAUCAAGUUUGAAAGUGGAUUGCAUUUUGAUAUCAAGCAAGGUUUUAGGAAUGUAACUCUAUCUUUUGUUUCACUUGAUUGUGCUGAGAGGUUGGGUUUAAAGUUGUCUUCUAUGGUUGUGAGUAUGGUUAUUGAUACAACAAUUAAUGAUUUAGUAACUACGUCGUGGGUGUGUUUGAAUUGUCCAUUGCAUAUUUAUGGUAAGAGUUUUGGGAUGGACUUAGUUUGUCUCCCGCUGAAUAAGCUCAAUGUUAUCCUUGGAAUGAACUGGUUUGAGUUCAACCAUGUUCAUAUCAACUGUUUCGACAAGUUAGUGCCAUUCCCAGAGUUUGAUGCAAGUGACGAGUUGUUUGUGUCUAUUAAGAAAGUAGAUGAGUUAAUAAAGGACGAUGCUAAAGUGUUUAUGAUUUUAACUUCGAUGAAGGCUGAAAGAAAAGAUGUGAUUGGUGAAUUACCUAUGGGGAUGUCUGCUUCAGAGUUGAGUGAACUAAAUAAGCAGUUGGAAGAGUUGCUUGAUAAGAAGUUUGUUCGACUGAGUGUUUCACUGUCGGGAGCAUCAAUGUUGCUUAUUGACAAGAAAGAUGGUAGCAUGAGGUUGUGUGUUGAUUAUCAACAACUAAAUAAGGUGAAUAUCAAGAACAAGUAUCCUCUUACGAGAAUCAAUGAUUUUAUGGAUCAGUUGGUUAAUGCUUGA